AUGAACAAUACAACUCAACUUUCAGUUCCUGUUUUGGAUGGGAAAAAUUAUAAUCGAUGGAGUGCCCAGAUGAAGGUAUUAUUCGAUUACCAUGAAUUGCUUGAGAUCGUGGAAACCGGGGUAGCUACUUUGGCUGACAAUGCUACUGAGGCACAAAAGGCUGCCCAUCGUGAGAUGAAGAAAAAGGAUAAGAAGGCACUAUAUUACAUCCAUCAAGGGAUGAGUGACGAGACUUUUGAGAAGAUUGAAGGAGCGACUACAUCCAAUGAAGCGUGGGAUGUGUUGCUGACUUCAUACAAAGGUGACGAAAAAAUUAAAAGAGUGCGGCUCCAAACCUUAAGACGUCAAUAUGAGCUUUUACAUAUGGAGCCUUCUGAACCAGUUGAUGCCUAUUUCAACCGCAUCCUUGCUUUGACGAAUGAUAUGAAAGGAAAUGGAGAGGCUUGUACAGAACAAGCUAUGGUAGAAAAAAUUCUAAGAACUUUGAAUCCUAGAUUUGAGCAUAUUGUAGCAGCAAUUGAAGAAGCCAAUGAUGUAUCCAAAAUGACAGUCAAACAAUUAUCUGGUUCCUUACGAGCCCAUGAGCAACGUAUGAAUGAAAACAAGAUUGAAAAGCCAAUUGAGCAGGCUUUUCAAGCUCAAGUCUCCAUUGCCGAGACAAGUCGAAAGUCCGGUGGUUCCCGUGGUAGAGGACGGGGACGUGGUGGUAAUCACUCCAAUAGAAGUUCUGGAGGCCAUAAUAGCAAUCAUGAUGCACGUGGUGGUAAUGAUCAAGAAAAAACACAUCAUCAACAAAAUUCAAGAGGACGAGGUCGUGGACACGGUAGAGGAAAAUAUGACAAGUCUAACAUUAAGUGUCUUAUUACUUCAUUUCACACCCAACACAGCCUGCACUUGCUCAUGGCCGAGCCUGAAUUUGUUACAAGCUAUGGGCAACCCAACAAUUCCAUAAAAUAUUCAUAA